CUCCCCUCUCACGAUCACGAAGUUCGCUUCCCUUUUGUAAUGACAGGAGGAGUUCGGCGGUGUCCUUUUCACUGAAACGCUAGUGACCUUCAGUAGACUCGCCAUGGCCCAGAAAGAGCAGGAUGAACUCCUGAAAGCCCGGGAUCGUACUCUGAGCGCGUUUCGCGAAGAUCUGGAACAGGAAUGGAAAGCCCCUUUCUACUUCAUUCAAGGAGCUGAUCCUCAGUUUGGAUUGAUGAAAGCUUAUGCCAUUGGCGACUGUGGUAGUGGAGGCGAUGAAUGGGAAGAAGAGCUCAGACUAACACAGCAAGCAGUGCAAGCCAUUAACCAGCUGAACCCCAAACCGAAAUUCUUUGUACUGUGUGGAGAUCUCAUUCAUGGCAUGCCAGGGACGCCCUGGCGGGAGGCGCAAGUACGUGACUUGAAAAACGUCCUGACGGGGCUCAGCCGUGACAUCCCCGUGGUCUUUGUCAGUGGCAACCACGACCUCGGGAACACGCCGACUCCAGAAACGAUUGAGGAUUAUUGCCAGCAGUGGGGAGAUGAUUACUUCAGCUUCUGGGUCGCAGGAGUCUUCUUCCUUGUGCUGAAUUCUCAGCUUUACUUUGACGCUUCCAAGUGCCCAGAACUGAAGCAGGCUCAGGAUGCUUGGCUCGGCCAGCAGCUUGCAAUUGCCGGAGAGAGAAAGUGCCGACACGCCAUUGUGUUUCAGCACAUCCCCCUCUUCCUGAAAGCAUCCGAUGAAGACCACGACUACUUCAACCUGGAGAAGUCGAUUCGACUAGAGCUGUUGGAGAAGUUCCAAAAAGCAGGUGUCAAGGCAGUGUUUUCUGGACACUACCACAGAAAUGCAGGCGGAUCCUACAAAGGUCUCGAAAUGGUUGUUUCGUCUGCUAUAGGAUGUCAGCUAGGAGAAGACACCCACGGGCUGAGAGCGGUGGUUGUCACCGCCGAGAAGAUUGUUCACAGAUAUUACAGUUUGGACGAACUGAGUGAUCACGGGGUUGGAAAAGACCUUACGGCUUUGAUCAACCAAAACUAGCCAAUUCUUGCCUGCUUCCAAACAUUUGGCCCCCUCCAGCGCAGGGUAGAGUAGACCAGUCCACUUGCCUCUGUGAUUUUUGAAAUACAAAAGGUUUCUCAUUGUAAUAAGACAGUGUCUGAAAACUGCAAAGUCGAAAGCUGAUCCAGACAGGCAGAGGGCUUAGAUUCCCUUCUAAGGAUGUGUAUAAAUUUAACGUGUGCUAUAAAAGUACUAAUGGCGCUAUUGAUUUUGUAAUUAAGGAGAUAUGCUAAGAAUGCACUGUUCUUGGAAUAAGCCGUUUUACAGAGAUGCUUAAAUGUGUUUGCAAACAAACGCAGGAUGCUCUGUCUACAUGACGAACCAACAAACAGCCAGAGGUUGCAGGGAACCAAAAUACUGUGUAACAGAACAAGGGAAAUGGCGAGCCCUCAAUUCAAAGAAACCCCAGGCACGGGUAUGCCAUUAUAUAAUAGAUGUAACAAGCGUCAAAAUAUUAGGUACGUGUCUCCAAUGAAGAAGGACGCCUCUGACACAUACAGUUUGCGCCCCUGUGCCACGAACCCAUCGUGCACCCCCCUUCACCCCCCACCUCACAAAGAUUACUGUGAUUUGCAAUGUGGAUUUAAUAUACCCCCACCACAAAGGAACACAAGAGUUUAUGCAGCCUUCCCCAACCUUGUGGACUCAGCCGGUAUGGCCAACAGCCGCAGAACAAAUAAGAAAACAUCAAGCAUUUUAUUCCAUCACAGCCAAAAAGAAAUGACAGUGGUUCAUUGGUUGGUUGGUUGGUUGGUUUAACUUUCACCCACCCCUUGAUCCUUCUCACCGCGGCGUCCAAGGAGACUCAGCAGGGAAGCGGCACUAAUGCUGCUGUUUGCUCUCCCGCUGCACAGCCCCUCCAAGGAAGUUGCAAGAGCAACAUGCAAAUCCCACAGAUUCAGAGAGCAGCUCCAAGUCUCUCUCUCUCUCUCUCUCUCUGCCCAGUGCGAGUCCACUGGAGGCAUGUAUAAUAAAUGGUAGGAGCAAUGCCCCUUAGCAGCCUUUGCUGUGUUGCUGAAUUCAAAGGGAGAAGCCAGCCUGCCCAAAUUCAAAAGCAAAAUCCCGUUGCUUAAUGGAUACUUGCAGAGGGGGGGAAAGGGUUGGGGGCAAUUGCUGCUUCUGGAGAAAGUCAUAAAUGGUGGAGGAGGAACGCAACAUUAUUACAAAUUGUCAGAAGCCUCCAGUUCAUGUGAGCAAUCAACCUCCAUGAGCAAUGGAAUGUUGGUGGACAGCAGGGUUGGCUCCAUAUGUAAGGGGGGCUCAUGACACUGUGCCUUUGGUGGCGCCCUUUGACAUCGGAGGGCUCCCCCAGUGGUCUUAGCAGCGGCAGCAGAACUACCAUGCCAAUGUAAUUAACCACACUCCCCCACUGAACCACACAACAGUGGUUUGUGAGGUAUAUAAAAUGGUGGCUUCCCAGCCAGCCAACCACCACUACCUGUCUGGAAGGCCAUGUCCUGGAGAGUGAGCAAGUGGGAGUGCUCAGGUGAGCAUCAGCUAGAUGCCAGGUGCUGGUGAAGAAUCCUUACAAAAGAGGGCAUUUCAAGGAUCCAAGGGGUCCCAUCUUGCAGAUGAAGAUCCACGAUCUCCCAUUAAGUGCUCUCCUCAUGGCAUUUGCAUUGCUCACUUGAGUAGACCGCUUGCAUGAACUGCUCAAUAGUAGACACAAGUUGAUGCUGAUUCAUACCCCAUGAAUCAGUCCUCUGAAAGGAAGUCCUCUAGAGCCUGCAGUUUCCCCUCCACUACAAACAAACAUAAAUCAGCAGUAAGCUAAUCUAACUGUUAGCAGCUCCAGCCAAGAAAUUCUGGGAAAUGUCAUUUUGUGAGAGUACUUAGAAUUCCAUUAGAGAGCACUAAGUCAUUCACAGAAGUGCAAUUCAUGGCGCUCUGCCCUUUAAACGCUGAAUAGUUCCUUUUUGCUGGUUUUGCUUCUCUCUUACACAUUUUGCUUUUUUCAAAAAAAUUAAUUAUAAACUGGCCCUCUAUACUUGCUGGGAAAAGAAAGUAAUGUAAAAGUAAAGUAAUGGCUUGACACUUAACUGAGGUCUUUUGAGUUCAGUGUGGUCUCCUAAAUGGUCUGAUAAGCCUACAAACCAGUAGUGUAUUUUUAUGUGCUGGUAUGGUUUAAUAGGUUCUAGUGUUACUAUAAGGAGUCAGUUCCCAUGCUGAAGUAUGUGUACAGACAUAAUAAAGAAAUAUGAUGUGUUGUGCAGACACCAUCCACAUAACCUUUUGGCUUUCAAGGCAUGUGCACAUGUAGCAACAAAGAUUGCUGGACUUGCAAAUACAACAGAGGUGACAAAUUGUACUGCUAAUUGUCAUAAUCACUUUACCAUAUAAAAACAAAUCACCUUCCUGUGUUUAAUAACAGUCUGCAUUUGGGGCAUGGUUAUAAGUGUGGUUAUUAACCUGAAUGACAUACUACCAACUGAAAUGACAACAUAACUAUACGUAUCUACUAUAGUAUAUUUGC